AUUUGUGAGGGGGAAAUCCGACACUGGAGUGAACCUCCUAUUCAUACACGAUCUCCGGAGGCCAUAGACUUUAUUUAGCGCCAAUCUGAUGGGAUAAAGUGCACACAGGACACGCCAAAAUACGGGGACAUAUUAUUCCGCGUAGAAAUCACCCGACGAGUGUUGGGAGAAGCCUGUAAAGUCAAAACGAAGAAUGAAGCAACUCUAGAAGUCAUUCCAGUCCUCAUCACUAUUAAGAGAUCAAGUCUGUGUGCGCCCUCUUCUGCAUAAAAGAGCCGGUCAGGUCUUGUUACAUGAGGCACUGAACACAAUUUGAAUGAAGCAUUUUUUUCAUGUGGCUCCAGUGCCGUCAAAACUUCCAGCUGCAGGGAAAAUGUUGAGAUGCUGAGUUAUUUGGCGAUCAUUAUAUUUGCAGCUAUGAUUACAUCUGGUCAAGUUAUAGCAAGAACUUUUUCUCAAGCUUUACCAAUCCAGGAAUUUCCAGGAUUUCCAAGACACUGUUGGAGCUGACAAUCUACAACAGCACAUUAAGUUAGUCUGGAGUAGUCAUUUACUCGACCAUUACCGCCCAAUUUAUUGCUCUAAAGCUGUACCAUGCCCACCAACCAAUCGUACCUUUGGGGUGGGGGCCAGCCUUUAUCCUCCUCUGGUGCUAAUUGUACCACCAACUCUGUUAGUACAAAUGCCAAGACUGUUGUAAAAGUGCCUUGUAGUCAAUCAUCUGUAGAUGAGACAAAGAGAAGAGAUUUAGACAAUCGCUCACCUUGUUUAAAUAGUUGUUUAGAUGCUUCUUUCAUGAGACACUUAAAGGCAUCUUCAGAACUGGGGUGUGGGGACAGAAGUAAACCUACUGCCAAGAGUCAAAUUACCAUUGAUCCAGGUGUACCUCCAGUCCUGCCACAGCUCAAUGGGAGCCCAACUAAAUCUUCUAAUCCUAAAAAGGAAAACCAAGUCACGGUUACUAUGCAGAAACACCGGAAACUUCCUGGAAACUGUUUACAAACCCGUGGAGAAGUGGAGACAAGUGGUGAUGCACCUUUGAAGCUCAGCCAUCUUUUAUCAGUUGAUCACCAGGAUCUUUUCGUAAGAGGAAAACAAACACUGCAAAAAAGUAUCGGACAUUUGGUUGGCUCUUUAACUUCAUUGCCUUCAGGACAACCUCUAUGCCUUAGCACCUUUAAGCCACAGGCAACUGCUGUGACGACUGACUGUUCCAUCAACAAAAUCCCCAAAGUCGAAGGGAAGUGCACAAAUAAAGUGUCUUCCAAACAGAGUAAAACUGCAGAUCUCACUAAUAAUAAUCCCCAAGAGAAGAGCCCAGCUGUGGUGAAUCUACGUUUUUGUGAGGGUGAUGGUCCUUUCACAGUCAGUCCUCUGGCAGAUUCAACAACUUCAAAUGACAACAUUGCAACUAAACCAGAACCCACUCAGAAAGACCAGACCCUAGCACUAGAUAUAAACUCUAGGGUUCUGGUAGGCUCUGUCACAAACCAGAUCUCAUCCAUUCAUCUAACUAAAGACAGUGAAGCUGCAUCCUCUUACCCAUCAUCUCUAACCCCUUCCUCUUCUUCAGAGGAGUGUGCUGUGGGAGGGCCAUUCCUCAAUGACCCUGAAAGUGACAUGCAAGUUGACGGGGCUGAAGAGGACCUACCUGAUGAACUGGAAAAUGCCUGCAGCGAUGAUGAUGGCUCAGAUUGCUCAUCGGUCAAUGGUGCCUCAUCUACAUCAUCUCUUGCGAUACUUUCAAGUGUUGAGGAGCCAAUGUUACUGGGGGCUGAAGAUGACCGCGAGGAGAAACCUGCUCUUGUUCCCAGUUUGUUCCCCUUUUUUCCACCAACUCUCUACUUCAGCACUGCUAAUGAGAAAGUGGAGCUGCUGCCCAUUGAACAGAGGAGGUUGCUGAAAUGGAAGAUGAGCACGGUCACACCAAAUAUUGUCAAAAAUACUAUAGCUAGAUCCCACUUCAAAGUCACAAAAAAAAGCCAUGACUGGUUGGGCUGUUGGGGUCACCACAUGAAGUCUGUCUGUUUUAAGACCCUAGGGGAACACCAGAAGCUGAAUCACUUCCCAGGGACUUUCCAAAUUGGCAGAAAAGAUCGACUGUGGAGGAAUUUGUCUAAAAUGGCAGUUCGCUUUGGAAAACAAGAAUUCAACUUCUUCCCUCGCACGUUUAUUCUUCCUCAGGACAUUAAACAGCUCAGAAAAGCCUGGGAGGAUGGUGGUACCAAGCAAAAAUGGAUCAUCAAACCACCUGCUUCUGCUCGAGGAAUGGGCAUUCAGGUCAUUCACAAGUGGAGUCAGAUGCCCCGGAAGAGACCUCUCCUAGUCCAAAAGUACCUACACAAGCCUUACCUCAUCAGUGGUAACAAAUUUGACCUUCGUAUCUACGCUUAUGUGACUUCCUAUGACCCGCUGAGGAUCUACAUCUUUUCUGAUGGGCUUGUUCGAUUUGCCAGCUGCAAGUAUUCUUCCUCCAUGAAGACACUGGGUAAUAAGUUCAUGCAUCUAACCAACUAUAGCGUGAACAAGAAAAACUCUGAAUAUCAGGCAAACAGUGAUGACAAAGCUUGUCAGGGUCACAAAUGGGCUUUGAAGGCUUUGUGGCAGUAUCUUGGUGCAAAAGGGAUCAACACCACACUGCUAUGGGAGAAGAUCAAAGACAUUGUGAUCAAAACUAUCAUAGCGUCGGAGCCCUAUGUGACCAGCCUGCUGAAGAUGCACCUCAAAACCCCAUACAGCUGUCAUGAGCUGUUUGGCUUUGACAUCAUGUUGGAUGAGAAACUCAAACCAUGGAUACUGGAAGUCAACAUAUCACCCAGUCUUCAUUCCAAUAGUGCACUGGACAUUGCCAUCAAGGGUCAAAUGAUCAGAGAUCUCCUCAACCUGGCAGGUUUUCAUAUUCCCCAAAAAGAAGUUAUGUCUACUGCAAACUGUAGUCCCUCCAGUUCCACUGGCAGUUUGUGUGGAGGUCACAGAGAGAGGAGCAAAACUGAUUUAUCUGCUGAUGAAAAGGUGAAACGGGCCUUUUACCUCACUCAACGAUUUGCUGACCAGGACUUUUUCUCCACAUUGCUGGAUGUGUUGACUCCAGAGGAUGUGCGUGUCUUGGCUGAGAGUGAGGACGAGCUGAUGCGCAGAGGAGACUUUGAGCGCAUCUUUCCUUCAGUGUCAUCAUCUCGAUACCUGCGUUUCUUUGAGUGUCCCAGAUACCUCAACAUUUUAUUAGACCAGUGGGAACAGAGGCACUGGAGCAACAGGACCAAAGGAAUAAAUUUGUUGAUGACUUUGUGUCAGAAAGGAGUGCAUCUCGGGACCAAUGACUGUGCUCACAUUUGGUCCAAGUGUAGUUACAUAUCAAGAAUUGAACCUCAGAAGCAAGAUUUUGGCAGUCCAUCCCGGGUGGUGGUCACACAUACUCAGCAUUCGUUUGAGGGAGAUGAAGGCUCAGAUGGUGAAAUAGCCUCUGUUUCCAGUGCUCCCUUCUCCCCAAGUCCUUGCUCCAGUGUGACGAGCAGCGCCUGUGUCAGCCCUCAGCCCAGCCUCUCCCACAGCUUGCUGCCACAACAGUUUGCCUCACUCUGAGAUUUGGUUUGACCAUAGUUUAGGAGCAAAUUGAAGCUUUCCUUCAAUACCCAAGCAACUUCAAAUGUUAGAACCAUAGCUACAAUUCCAAUGAGCACACAAGUUAUUCUUGCCACGUACCAGACAGGUGAUUUUAGACUAAAUGUAACAUAAGGAGUUAAUCUUGAACUACAAUAUUGUGGUGCUAAGAAAAACAUUCAUACUUGAGCUUCCAUUUACUAAAAUCUGGUGCUUAUAUACAGUCUUCCAGGCAUUUAUCCACCUACCAUAAACACUUUUAUAACAACACAACCAAACAAGGGUCACUAUUAUAAAGUUAACCUUCAUAUAAAAUUAUAUGACAUCCCUCAGCCAAUAUACAUUUCAUACAUUUCACUUGGACACCUAUGAAAUUACAAAACUAAAGUUGGAAUGCAUACACUGCCCUCUUGUGGCUCAAACUGUUCUAGAUUUUUGUGUGAAUUAGCUAGGUGAUUUGCAUUGCAACAGAUGCUGUAGUGGGUUGUAAGGAUUUCUGCAGUUAAGUGUCUGUUCAGUGGGUGCACAGGAAGUAUGAUUCAUUUAACAAUACAGAUGGAAAUACUUGAAUUUAUUUUUUUUUUUAGUUUAGGCACAAUGCUGAAAAGCUAUAGGACUACUGGCCUUUUCUGAAAUUGUUACUUGAAAAAACAUUUAAAUAUGUGAAAAUAAGUAUGCCUUCAUGACAUCUUUUACCACCAGAUUGUUUUUGCCAUAACUCUGAAGUUCCUAUAUUGUAUUUGAAUUGUGCAUUGGCGCAGCAGUUGUGAAUAUUGUUAUUGUUUACAGGCAAGAUUGUAAGCAGCUGGAUAACAGAUGCCAAAUGGAUAGCUGGUAGUUAUUAGACCUGUUGAUUGAUGUGUUACAUUAGGGUUAAAGGUAGAUGGCAUAAAGUGGGUACUCUAUUGCUAUGUUCAUGUUUGUCUGAAGAUGCUAAAGCUAUUGAAAAGUAUAGUAAAAGUCUGGCCUUAACAUUGGCAUGUGAGGCUGCCAUUACCCGGUUGUAAGUAUUAAUAAUAUUGUUAUAUUUUUACUAACUUUAUUGUGCAUUGUUAUCUUUAAAGCCUAUUCAAACUGAGGGUGUGCCUCCAAAAUAAAAGUUAUUUGUGAUACAAUCAAAAA